GUUUUUAUGAGAAGGGGCACAAGUCAUUUUUUGACAUUUUUUUUUUAUACGUUAAUUUUGUGUGAAAUUUUACGCCCGAUCGAAUGGUAGCACUGUCGUGGUCGCACGAGAAUUUGUUAUCACUGUAUUUUAAAAUGCGAUACGACACAAGUCAAAAUAAACGAUUUUUUUUUUAUACAAAAGGGCACAAGUCAUAUUAUAUUAAAUUUUAACUCUUAAUAUAAUAUUUUUUUUUAGUUUAUAAUCGUUUUUAUUAGUUAACACAAUGUCUAAAAGAACACUAAAUUUAUUGUCUCGUGUUACAACUUCAAAAACUAAUCUGAAAUACUCUGUAAAAAGGAAACUAGAUUUUAAUGGUCUUCCACAGCAGGAAAUCCAGGAAUGGGUGAAUGUCUCACAGAAUCAUACAAAUAAUAAUGAGUUAGAAGUAUAUAAUAAAUUAUCAACUCAGGAACCAAAAGAUAACAUUAUACAUUUGAAUGGUAAUGAUUUUGAAAUUAUAACUGAAGAUGAAUAUGUGUAUAAUAAUAAUUGUUCACUAAAUGAGCCUGAAAAGCUAGUAUAUGAGUAUAAUAAUCAUGAGAAAUUUCAUGCAUUUGUGUCCAAGGCUGUGAGUGGUGAAGACAGGUUUGAAGAGUAUUAUAAUCAUUCGGAUGAUAUAAGUAUUAUUCCUGGCACCCCAGAAGAAACUUCCUUAUUGCUGAUCAACAAUGAUAUUCCUGGAACUCCAGAAGAUACAUUAUUGUGCAUUAACAAUGAAAUUCCAAGCACCCCAGAAGACACUUUAUUGUUGACUAACAAUGAACAAGAGGCUAAUCCGAUUAUUGGCAGGAAAGCCAGAGUUAGCAUAAAAGGUGAGACUGUUCAGUAUCGAAAUUACAUAAAGACAAACAGGAAUUCUGGUAACAAAUAUUGCACUAAUAAAGGUAAAACUGUUGAAAGUAGAUGUUCAAAAGAACUACCAAACUGUAGAGCAAAAUGUAAUUCAAAAAUUGACGAUGAAUUACGUGAGAAAUUAUUUGCUACAUAUUGGUCAAUGAAAAACCACAAUAGAAGAACUUCAUAUAUUUCUGGAUUAGUAACUUUUCACGACACAAAAGUAAACCGGAAACGUAGAUUGACACCGGAAAAACAAAAAAACAGGAAUAUAACUAUGAAUUAUUUUAUUCCUAAUAAUAAUAAACUCUUAGUUCAGGUUUGCAAGGGCUGCUUUCUAAAAAUUUUUGGCGAAACUACUAAAUUUCUGCGAAAUAUUUGCAAUAAAAAAUUGAAAUCUAUUGCUAAUAAUGUGACACCUGAUAAAAGGGGUCAUACAGAGCCAAAAAAUAAAAGAACUCCUGAGGACAUACAAGCUGUAAAAGAUCAUAUUAAGAAACUCCCAACAUAUGAAAGUCAUUAUUGUCGAAAAGUUACCAGUAAAAAGUACUUAAAUCCUUAUUUUACACUCCAAGCUGCUUACAACGAAUACACAAAAACUGUCCCAACUCCUGUCUGUAGAAGCAUUUAUGAAAAACAUUUUAAACUAUCAGGGUUGAAAGUGAAAAACCCAAAAAAAGAUACAUGUGCUCAAUGUGACAGGAUCAAAAUGCAACUAUCCAACAGUGGGUGCUCAAGUGAAAAAAGAAACGAAUUGAACAUUGAAAAAAAACACCAUCAGGAUGAUGCCGAAGAAGCAUAUUCUUCAAAAAGAAUUGAUUCUUCUACAUCUACUAACAAUAAAUGUGUUUUAUCAUUUGAUCUCCAGCAGUGCCUUCCAACUCCACUUUUAGAGUCUUCAGUUGCAUUUUACAAGCGCCAGUUAUGGACAUAUAAUUUAACUGUUCAUAAUAUAAAUACUUCAACAGCAUCCUGUUUCAUAUGGAGUGAACCCAUUGCAAAGAGGGGAGGGAAUGAUAUUGGUUCUUGUGUUUUUAAUUAUUUAAAAUGUCUCUCACCAGAAAUUAACCAUAUAGUCAUGUAUAGUGACUGUUGCUCUGGCCAAAACAAGAACAGUAUUAUAAUGGCAAUGGUUCUUUGGUUUAUGGAGCAUCAAGAUAUUGUCACUAUAAUUGAUCACAAAUUUUUAGUUCCGGGUCACACACGAAUGGAGUGUGACUCGGAUCAUGCACGUAUUGAAAAAGGCCGCAAACGAUACCCUUUACCUAUAAACCACCCUUAUGAUUGGACUCAAAUGAUUCGCUGGGUGGGGAGAGAAAAGUUUGAUGUAAUUGAUAUGAAGCAAAGCAAUUUUUAUGAUUUUAACAGUUUGUUAAAAACCAAGUACAAAAAAAAUAAAAAAAAUACAAAUGGAGAAAAAUUUGUAUUCCAUGAUGUGAAAUGGAUGCGUUACGUUAAAGACCAAAAGAAUACAGUUCUUUACAAGACAUCACUAAAAGAUGAAGCUGAAUUUUUUGAACUAGAUUUGACCCGUAAAAAUAGUGAUGUAAGUAGCUUACCUUUGGCCUAUGACGAAGAACUACCAAUUACAGUUGAAAAAAAAAAAGAUCUUAUAUCACUACUACCACUGAUUCCAGAUGUGUUCCAUGAGUUUUAUAAAAAUUUAAAAACAAAGAAAAAUUUAAGUGACCCAGUACUAUCUGAUGAUGAGUAACGUUUAAACGAAGUUACCCUUACAGCUAUAUUUUAUUGUUAUGGUGUUUCAUAUUAUUAUAUAUUUAAACUGACUGAUGUUUAUUAAUUUUUAAUCAGUAUACUAGUCACCAAAGAAAGUGUGCAAUAUUUUAAAUUAUUUUAUUAUUUUUUUUAAUCAGUACCUAGUCACCAAAGAAUGAGUGCAAUAUUAUUAAAUAUUUUAAUUGAUUUUUAUUAUUUUUUUAAGCAGUAUACCUUGUCACCAAAGAAGGUGUGCAAUAUUAUUAAAACUUAGUUUGUUAUCAUUAUUAAUUAAAUAAUAAAAUUAUACUUCAUUAAUAAUUGUGUGUCUUUAUUUCCUUUUAUUACUUUUGAUAAUAUAAUUUUAUAUUAAUCAGUAAGCAAUAUUAUAUUAAUUAGUAUUUUAUUUUGAAGUGUAUGAAAAAGGACACAAGUCAAACUCUUUUUUAGUUAAAUGUGCAAUAGGGCACAAGUCAGUAUAUGAGAAAGGUCACAAGUCAAUAUUGUAUGUGCAAUUGGUCACAAGUCAUUAAUAACUGAAUAAUAAUGUAAUUUCUUUAAUAAAAGUAGGCUGAAAAAACGUGAAAAAUUAUAAAUAAAACAUAAAUAAAAAAAAAAUUUAGAUUAAGUAGAAAAUAAAAAUUUUGGAAUGUUUUAUGGCUCUACUGAAAACUAACGAAAAAUGACUUGUGCCCCUUCUCAUAA